CCCUUUUCACAAAUUUCUUGUCGCGUAACGAAACAGAAAACAGAGAAAAUUGGUCUGUUCGUGGCUGCGGAAAAUAGUGCCCCGGAUCAUCGUGGUGGCGAGAGUCUUGUUUUCGGAUACGUUCAUCCUCGGACAGAAUGGCUCGUGGACAGCAGAGGAUUCAGUCACAAGCUAAAGCGGCGGAAAAAGCUGCAAAAGUAAAAAAGCAACAAGGCCACAGUGCCAAUGAUCAGAAAAAAGCAGCACAGAAAGCUCUAGUACAUGUAUGCACAGUUUGUAAGGCACAAAUGCCAGACCCAAAGACCUACAAGCAACACUUUGAGAACAAGCAUCCUAAGAAUGAAUUGCCAGAAGACUUAAAAAAUAUAUGAGGUAUCGCCUCAAUCGGCAGUAGAAGACAUGAUGGACUCGGUGUUCCGUACACGAUCUCUCGGCACUG